ACUUCUUUAGAUCAAGCAGAGCGGAAGCAAUUAUGUUAAAUUGUGAAAAACAAACGGGAGUGUCACUUCAAUAUUGACUCUGGCGUCCGUUAAGUAGCGUGCAACUGGACAGACAACCUGCACGAUCAAUAUUUGCUCUUGUUUAACAUUCGGGUUCCUCCUCCUCCUCCUCCUCCACCUCCUCGUCGAAGUCUUGUAGUGUGGGGUUGCCCACUCGUGUCAUCUUCCAAAAUAGACGCUGAUGACAAAGAGUCCGGUGACGUGUAUACCGGAGGGAGAAGGGGAAGAAGGACGAGGAGGUUGCGAAAAGCACGAGCUCCGGUGGCGGCGGCGGCGGCGCUGCCCGGAUGCUCCCCCCGAUUUGGAGAGCCCUUUCCCGCCCGGCUCGCCCUCCUCGGGUCCCGCUCCCGCCUCCGCCAUGAAGCGGCAAAACGCCCGCACCCUGGCGCUCAUUGUCAGCAUCCUCACCUACCUGGUGGUGGGCGCCGCCGUGUUCGAGACGCUGGAAUCCCGCGAGGAGCGCGGCCACAAGCGGCGGCUGGAGGCGCGGCGUCAAGAGAUGUUGAUCAAGUUCAACCUGAGCCGGGACAACUUCGACGAGCUGGAGCAGGUGGUCGCCCAGCUGCGCGCGCACAAAGCGGGCGUGCAGUGGCGAUUCGCCGGCUCCUUCUACUUCGCCAUCACUGUGAUCACCACCAUCGGCUACGGCCACGCAGCCCCUAGCACGGACUCAGGGAAAGUCUUCUGCAUGUUUUAUGCCCUGCUGGGCAUCCCGCUCACCUUAGUCAUGUUCCAGAGUCUGGGCGAGCGCAUCAACACGCUGGUGCGCCACUUGCUGCACCGGGCCAAGAAGUGCCUGGCCCUGCGCCACACCGAGGUCUCCAUGGCCAACAUGGUGGCAGUGGGCUUCCUCUCCUGCUUGGGCACCCUGUGCGUGGGGGCGGUCGCCUUCUCCAGCAGCGAGGGCUGGAGCUUCCUGCACGCCUUCUACUACUGCUUCAUCACGCUCACCACCAUCGGCUUCGGCGACUACGUGGCGCUGCAGCGGCACGACGCCCUGCAAAAGGAGCCGCGCUACGUGGCCUUCUGCUUCGUCUACAUCCUGACGGGCUUGACGGUCAUCUCCACGGGUUGUGUGUGUACGCCGCGCCGGCGCUCCAGGAAGCGCCUGGACAUUCUCUCACCAUUCCGGAUGUUUAUGAGACGCAGUUCAGUGUAG